AUGUCUGUCGCCAGCUUGCAUCGUGAAACCGGCUUCCAGGUGCGGUCUCUGUUCCGCUCUCUGAUGCGCCAAUCUACUCAGUUCUCGAACUACAACUUCCGCGAAUACGCCCGCCGGAAGACGCGCGAUUCGUUCCGCGAGCAUCAAAACGAGUCGGAGGACCGCCGGAUACAGGAGCUGAUUCAGAGUGGUCUGCAGGAACUGCGUUUGCUGAAGAGGCAAACAACUAUCAGCCAGUUCUAUCAGAUGGAUAAGUUGGUCGUGGAGGGCCAGAAGACAGGCAAGGAGACAGGUGAUCAUGGAAGCAUUGUCCGUCAAAAGGAGCCUGGCUGGAAUUAA